UAAAAAUUCCAACCCCUUUUCCGCUCCUUGCUCAGAUCUGGAACCCUACUCAACAACAUACCCCCUGUUUUUCUUGGGUCCGACCGCCGUCUUCCUCUCCCGACGAUCUCCGCCAGCCUUCCUACCCGAUGGCCAUCGCCAAGAUCGAGAAGGAGAUCGCAGCGAUCCCAGAGAAGAAGGAGAAACUACGAAGCGCGUUCGAGACCCUCCGGACCCACCUCUCGUCCUCUUCAUUCCCCAUUUCCGUUCCCGAUUGGAAAGACAUCGACGCCCACAUCUCUUCCGUCGAAGCCACUAUCCGCCGAGACUUCGAAGCCCUUCGAGCCAAGGAGGCAACUAAGCCCCCCUCCGCUCUGCCGCCCCACUCUUUCGUCCCAUAUUCCAAAGAGAAUCCCUCCACUGAGGAGCAGCCCAGUGCUGUCCCUGAGCAUGAGUCGGCCCCGAGGCCGGAGCUCGCGGCCCUCUGCGCCAACAUGGACGGGAAGGGCCUCGUCUCCUUUAUCGUCAAUCACCGCAAAGAUUCGGAGUCCAUUCGCUAUGAGCUUACGCCUGCCAUCCGAUCCUCCCCGGACCCUGCCAAGCUGGUCCUCGAUGCCUUGGACAUGUUCUAUUUCCCUUCCUCGACGGCCAAAGGUGAUGCUGUCGAGAAGCUCACGACCAGGAGGACCUGCAUUAACCUUCUCGAGCGCCUCAUGACUAUUGAGCCAAAUAUCGGGCCGCCAUUAAGAGAGCAAGCUUUGAAGCUGGCUAGGGAGUGGAAGAAGAACCUGAUAGAUGAAGGCAGUGACAACGGUAUGGACGUCAUCGGGUUGAUACAAUUGAUUGUGUCGUAUCGGUUGGUCUCAGAGUUUACGGUGGACGGGCUCUUGGAACUACUCGUUUUGAUUUGUCGCAGAAAGCAGGCUGUGCAUCUCUGCAGAAGUCUGAGUCUGACCGAGUAUGUUCCUGAUCUAAUUGAGAAACUGAACCAUAAAGGGCGGCAGCUCGAUUCGGUAAAGUUUGUUUAUGCUUUUGAUUUAGUGGAUAAGUACCUGCCGGUUCCUCUAUUGAAAGCCUACAUAGAUGAAACAAAGAAGGCUGCUCAAGAUGUCAGAAAAAAGAGAAACUAUUCAGCUGAAUCAGAGAAUAUAGCCAUCUCAAAGCAACUCGGUGCAUUGAAAUCCGUAGUCAAAGCGAUUGAAGAGUAUAACCUUGAGAACCAAUAUCCACGUGAAGAGCUUGACAAGCAGAUUGUAGAAUUGGAGAAACAGAAAGAAUCAAAGCAGAAAGAAUCAAAGAAGCGGACUUCAGCUGCCGCUCUGAAGAAUGCCGGUGCUGCUUCACACUCGAAAGUUCAGAACCAGCAGAAACCGAAUAAGCGUUCACGGCCAUCCACUACCACAUUGACACCCAACACUGUGGCCGAGCAGACCUUGCCUCCAGGAAGGUCAUUGCCAGGACCUCACGGCAUGAUUCCUGGACAUCCCGGGUCUUAUCUUCAUCCACCAGAGGCUGCAGGUUUUAUCGCUCCUGUCGAUUUCUAUGAGCGCCCAAUUCAUUACGGUGGCUAUCCCAGGGUAGCAACCAUACCUCCCCCAUACGUACCAUCGCAGCAUCCACGGCCGUAUGGCCCUUAUUUUUAUCCUUGAUGAGAAGCUCUUUCUCUGAGCCACACUGGCGAUGCUGUUCCUUGAGGUUUUGUAAAUACAAUGAACAUGGCCUGUUUUGACGGAAUCACUCAGUGGCUUUAGCAUCACAACUCAUGUCAGUUUUCUUAUUACAAUGAUCAACUUUUUAGAAGUUAAAUUUAUGCAGUGACUUCCUAACAA